AUGGCGGCCGGCUCAGAUACCCGCACAAAGCGACUGACCCCCAGCGAGUGGGCAAUUGCCUUUCAAGCAAGCUUUGAGGCCAUAUGCAGGCGAUUCUGGGCAAGCAUGGAGGCCAGACACCAGCCCCAAAAGCCACCAACGGGCAGCACUACAGCUAACACACCCACAGCACGACAACCAGACGGUGCUUCUCACCCUAAAAGGCAACAGACCAGGGCGCAGCUGAAGGUGCCCCAACCGAGCAAGGUACACAACAAACCUCUACAGCACCAAAUGACUAGUCCACCUGGGACUAGAGCUACACGGGGCGCGACCCCUACACGCCACCCAGGCCGGCGAAAGAAAACAAAGCACCGGCUGAAACACCGGAGUGAGACCCUAUGUAGCCACACACCAAAUCACAAGCCUCAGCCACACAAGCGGAAAGCUACAGGGGACAAAUGUCGCACCCGGCUUUCAACUAACGGCGCUCACCGCGUCAAUCCCUCCUGGAAGACCACAAGACCUCAAGCACACAGCCAGGGAGCAGCAGCUCCCCAACAACCUCAAGGUGGGAGAAGCACCUCACCUCCACAGCGCUACGCUGCACCUAAAAACGGACUCUGUCCACGAGCAUACAGUGACCACCGCAGGGGCAUUGGCUGA